AUAAGGGCCAGCAGGGGCCUGCUGCGCCUACUGGUAGGCUCAGAAGGCUGUUAUCAUCCAUCCACAUGGUUAAUCACCGACAAAUACAAGAGAAGACUCCAGAUCCAAUACCAGAGGAAUCCAGCUCGCCGGUAAUCGGAGGUCUACUGAAUGACGCAGCGACGUCGCAAUAUUUCGCGCUUGAUAUUUUCAGGUAAGAACAUUUAAAUGAUAAAACCGAGCAUUUAAACCGAAAUUAAUUAGUCAAUAAGGGAAAACAAUACAUAAAAUGUGUUUUAAUGUUGCGUGACAUGAGUGUUGACAUGAGAUAAGCGUAUUGCGAUUAUUUUGGCUAACGUUAUAUAGGCUAACGUUAGGCCCUAUUACGUUACGUUAUUAGCCCAACAUUACGUUACUUACUUGCUUUAUUUGAGCAUUAACGUUGCUAAUAAGUAUGUUUUUACGUAUGAAGCUAAUGGGGAAAUUUAGUUUCUAGUUAAACGCAAAGUUAGCCUGUAAAAAUUACUUUUUCCACACUGUAAGGCUUAUUGCAUAAUAUUGUAUGCUCGUUAACGCUUCAGUGAAGCCAUAGGCCUAACCUUACUUUUAUUGACAUAUCUAUGGCACCAAAUACAUAUCCCUUGUCUGCAUCCCAUGUUCACUGAUGUGUUUCUGUCUUUUAGGCUGUGAUAAGAAGUACAGGUUGCACUUUGCUUUAUGUAAUAAUUGCCAAAUAUUUUGAUUUCAGAUAUGGGAAAAACAGUUAAGACCACACGUUCCAGGAGCGUGAAGAUUAAGGUGGUGAGGAGGUGUAUCGUUGGCCCUGCAAAGGUUUCUUACCUUAGUCAAGGUCUUCCCCAGCCCAACUCCAAACAGACCGACCCGACUAUUACAUCUCAACAGGCUGAACCCGAUGAUGUGGCACCGAGCUGUAGUUCUUGUUCUGAGAGUGCAUACAGUAAGGCAAAGAAGAGAGAGCUACAUGCCUGGGAUGCAGUCAAGGAUGACAUGCUUAAGGUGUCAUUUGAAUGUUCAGCACCAAUCGCUACCCAGUGUGUUGUCUGUCUAGAACAUGCUGAUUACAGGUGCAUUGAGUGCAGCAGCACUGCAGUGUUUUGUGAGGGUUGUCUGAAGAGGACUCACAGAAAUUCACUGCAUCUUUCUGAUAAGUGGAAUAAUGUCUACUAUGAGCCAUCCUCCCUGGGGUUAUUCCUAUAUUUACCUGAAGGCCAUAGCACCCAUGCUGUGUACACAAAGGACAUGAAGGUCAUUGUCAGCACAGGACGGCUCUGCACCGUCACAGUCAAUAUGUGUGCAUGUGAACCAGAAACCUGUACUUUGCUCAGGUAUGGUCUCUGGCCGGCAACAGCCGACAAGCCCCACACAGCCUUCUCCAUACCUCUGCUAGAGCUUUUUGUUUGUCUGUCACUGGAGUGUCAGGUUUCUGUUGAGGGUUUUUGCAACACCCUGCGCUGGAAAAACAACCUCACACUUGCAGAGGUUAACACACUCUACAGAGCCCUGGUGGGAGAAUCCAUAUCCCAUUUUAGGCAUCACCACUUCCGACAAAGAAGUUUGGUAGAUAUUUGCCCACAAUUAGAUGAUGGGACCAUAUGCCCAGCAUGCCCAAAGGCGGAUGGGGAUAUGAUUGUUACAUUGGAUGCCAACUUUGGCCUUGUGAGGAAGCACAGCUCAGGUACAAGUGCGGUUGAGCCAUUACACGGAACCCGCAUGUUUGUUAAUGAAAAGGAUGUAGAGGAAUACCUGCUAUCACAUCUUGACAGCUCAAAGCCUCACGAGGACUGCAGUAACUUCAAGGCUGGCAACGUGCUGAGGUCACAAAAACAAGCAAAUAAACUUGAUGUUACAGGAGUGUUUGGAGCCUCUUGUCGUCAUGAAAUGCCCCUAAUGUUUGUCAACAUGAGCCAAGGAGAACGAUUAGCCUAUCCCCUGUAUGUCAUCGAUGAGCUACUUCGAAGAUGUGAGGACAAGAACAUACACCUGCGAGUAGUCUAUGACAUUGCCUGUGUUGUUGCCUCACAUUUGCAUAUCAAGUACAGCACUAGGCGGCUCGAUGGGUUUGGACUCACAGACGGGGAAGGAAUGGAAAGGCUGUGGUCUUUUCUCCGAAGAUUUGCCAGAGUCACAAAGGAGAUGACUCCAUCUCACCGCCUCGAUCUGUUGACUGAUGCCCUUUUGCAUUAUGGACGGAGGAAAUCAACUGACCUAGAGAUGCAGCUCCUGCAAAGACUAGACAGAGCAGAGAAAAUAUCAAUUCUCGCUCAAGAAGACAUCUCAUCUGUCAUCAGAGACGCACCAGUGUUGGUUUCUGAGGGAGACAUGGAGAAAUGGAAGAAAAGAGAGAUGGAGCUAGCCCAUCAGAAACAGAGACCAAUAAACACUGUCUGUAAAUGGAAAAGGGACUACAUCAUCCAGCUGAUUCAGUUCUACAAGUUCAAAUCUGGGACUCGUGAGUCGUACAUGGAGUGUGAAACAGAAAUUGAGGACUCUCUGCUGAACAUAGAGAAAAAACACCGGAUUGGGAGAAGAUGGCAAGAAUCUGACUCAGACUUCCAAUCUACCCUUAAAGAUGUUGACUGUGAGCUCAGAGGACAACUAAUCUUCAAAGCUAGAACCGAAUCAAGGGAGAGAACAGUCCUCCUCCAUCUGAAAAGAAAAUAUCCAGAUGGGCAGGGCAUUGCCAUUAGACUUUCCAAGCAGAUUGCCAGCUCCAACAAGAGACUGAGACAGGCAAUAAAAGAAUACAACUGCAUUCAGUGGCCACCACAGAUGAGCAUCUUCCCUACAAUAAUUGAUUUUCAGGAAGCAUGUGAUCCCUCUUGGCAAGUCUACUUCUGCUUUGAUGACACUAUUGAAGAAGAUAAUGUUUCGAGGACUCUAAAAAGGCGAGGGAUUGAUGCCUUACAUAUGAAGACUCGGGCAGCUGAGGAAAAGCGCAUGCUUUAUCAGGAAAUGAGAACUGUAAUUGAACACCUCCAUCAGCAGCAUGCCUUUCUGUGCUCUGCCAUCAAAGACACAGAUCAGCCUGGUGCAAAAGCUGCGCUCACCCAACGUCUCCAUCAGCUGGAAAGAAAACGAUAUCAAGCCACUGUGAUGUUUCACCCACAUGUACCAGACAUUGUUCCUGUAGACAACUCCUACUUGUGUCAGGCCCUCCCCAUGUCAAGCAUACAGACACUAGUAUACAAUGAUGAUGGUGAUAAUGAGGAUGACACUGAGGAUGACCAUGAUAACUAGGAAUGUAAUCACUGGUAUGACAGGACAGGGCCUGUAUUUACAAAGUUCACAAAGACGUGUUGUUUUAAUAGGUCUGAUCUAUUUUAAAGCUUAGGUACUAUAUUUAAGCACAUAUUGCCACUAGUAUAUGAGUACAAAAUUGUGUGUUUACCAUAUUGUGAUAUUACUUAUUUAUUGUAAUGUACAAAUGUGGUUAUGUGUGAGAGCUUUGUUUUCUUUUUAGUGAGCUCACCAAACCAAAUCCCCUUCAACUGAGUUGAAAUGACAAUAAAGUAUGGAAUCUU